AUGGCGUUUGAUAUAAAAAAUAAAGAAAAUAAUUCGAAAUAUUGUUUACAAUGUUUAUCAAAAAAUGGUGUUGAACAUGUUUGUUCAUCUCAAUUAUUAUCUGAUUCAGUUUAUACAUUAUCUGAAAUGGCAAAUGAACAAUUAAAUGUAUUAGAAACAUUUUCAUUAGCACAAGUUCAUGUUAAAUGUCAACAAGAUUUAGAAUUAUGGCAUUCAGCAGCUGUUAAUCAUCUUGGACAAAUAUUUAAUCAACGUUUAAUUGAUAUUAAUCAAAUAUAUAAUGAAGAUAUUGAACCAAAUCUAGAAAAAUAUAAACAAAAAAUGAUUCAACAACUUAAACAAAGAGUUAUACCAAAAGUUAAUAAAAUUAUCGAUGAUUCACAUACAGAUAAUAAAAAAGCUGAACGAAUUCAAACAUUUGUAAAUAAUAUUCGAUCUGAAUGUGAUGCUAUUCGUGAUGGACAAUGGAUCAAUGUUCAAUUACCUGAUAUUAAAAAUUUUUCUGUACCAAUACGAAUAGCAAAAAUGGCAUUAGCUGCUCGUUUAACCGAUGGAGAAAAAGAUCCAUUAGAUACAUUAAGUGAUGAUGAAAGUAAAAAAGAUGAAAAUUCAGCAAAAAAGAAAAAGAAAAAAACAAAUUCAAUUGAUAUUAUGGAAAUAUUUGCAUCAAGUCCUGAACCAUUUAAAUCUCAUUUAUUAGAAACAAAUUCAUCAACAUUAGCUGUAUCAAAUAAACAUAUUCUUCUUCAUGAUAAUAAAAAAUUAAUCUUAUUUGAUUUAAAUAAAAAAGUUAAUGAAUUAGAAUGGAAUGAUAAUGAUUAUGGUAUAUUAGUUGAUAUAUGCUGGAUGUCAUCCUUAUCAUUAUUUGUAAUAUUAACAAUCCAUUCAGUAUAUUUAUAUGAUCCAAUGAAAUCAUCACCAAAUGUUCCAACAAAAGUUGAAUCAAUAAAAGCAUUAGAUCGUUCUCAUGUGUUAGCAUCAUUAUCACCAUUUGAUCGUGAUUUAUAUAUAAAUUAUCAUAAAGGAAUUCAUAUUGAUCAAUAUCGUGUAAGUCCAACAUCUGAAUGGACAUUACAAAAAAGAUAUUCAAAAAAUGAAUGUUCCGAAACAAAAGAUAUUGGAAUACGUGAUGUACGAUGUGAUAAUGAACAUAUUUGUUUAUCAAUAAUGCAACAUGAUGAUUUAAAAUGGAGAUUAGAUUUAAUGUCACGUGAUAUGGUAAGAGUACGACGUGGUGUUGCAAUGGAUGCUGGAGAAAAUCAACAUAAAUUUUUUUCAAUGCUUAUUCCAUUACACGAUCAACGUUGGUUAUUUGUUAAUUGGUUUACUAAUAAACUUUGGAUGGUUGAUCAUCAAGGAAAAACAAGAUUAGUUAAAGAAACAAAAAUUAAAAAUAUUCGAAAUACUUGUAUUUCACCUGAUGCGUCUAUUAUGGCUCUUAGAACCGAAAAACCAUCAACACUUAAAAUAUAUAAACUUGAUUAA